AUGACGCCGCUCCUCGUCCUUGGCCGCGCCAGGCUCUCCUUCCUACUGCGCCAGCCCUUCGGCUGCAUCAGUUCUUUCUUCUCCGUGCAGGAUCUGUGCGUCUGCGCCAUUGUUGCUGUUGCUGGCGACUGUCCUUGGCAGCAGUGCACGAUGGGCGAUGGCCUCAUCUGCUUGCCUGCGAUGCUCUGCGUGAGCCUCGCCUCGCUCCUCUUCUGCUCGAGCCUCGUCUCGUGUGCCGCCUCGCGGGCGGCAUGGCGAGCGAGCCUCAGCUCGCUCCUCUUCUACUCGAGCCUCGUCUCGUGUGCCUCCUCGUGGGCGGCGUGGCGAGCGAGCCUCGCCUCCCUCCUCUUCUACUCGAGCCUCGUCUCGUGUGCCUCCUCGUGGGCGGCGUGGUGGGCGGCCAGCUGUCACUGCUGCCUUCCCUCUCGAGUGAGCCUCGCCUCGCUCCUCUUCUACUCGAGCCUCGUCUCGUGUGCCUCCUCGUGGGCGACAUGGCGAGUGAGCCUCGCCUCGCUCCUCUUCUACUCGAGCCUCGUAUCGUGUGCCGCCUCGCGGGCGGCAUGGCGAGCGAGCCUCAGCUCGCUCCUCUUCUACUCGAGCCUCGUCUCGUGUGCCUCCUCGUGGGCGGCGUGGCGAGCGAGCCUCGCCUCCCUCCUCUUCUACUCGAGCCUCGUCUCGUGUGCCUCCUCGUGGGCGGCGUGGUGGGCGGCCAGCUGUCACUGCUGCCUUCCCUCUCGAGUGAGCCUCGCCUCGCUCCUCUUCUACUCGAGCCUCGUCUCGUGUGCCUCCUCGUGGGCGACAUGGCGAGUGAGCCUCGCCUCGCUCCUCUUCUACUCGAGCCUCGUCUCGUGUGCCUCCUCGUGGGCAGCGUGGCGUGCGGCCAGCUGUCACAGCUGCCUUCCCUCUCGAGUGAGCCUCGCCUCGCUCCUCUUCUACUCGAGCCUCGUCUCGUGUGCCUCCUCGUGGGCGGCGUGGCUUCUCCCUCACCGCCUCGACGGCGGCGCGGAGUGA